UCUGUCUUCCCACGUGCUCGAAUUAUUCAACCGUUGUCAGAGGACCAAAAUCACAAAAGUUAAACAAAAUUCUGUCACCUCCAUUUUUUUAUACUUUUCUUUAUCACCACGUGUUCAAAUUCUUAUCUCUCAUCUCUCUCAUCCCAUUCUCUCCUUCUAUUUUACGCCCCUCCUCUGUUCUUCGCUCUCUCCACUCUGUUUCCACUAAAAAAACAGAGUAUGAAAUUCCGUUACUCCAUCCUGCUCAUAUCAAUCCUCCUCGCAGUCUCGGCUGUGGUUUCUGUCGCCGAGCCUACUCCCUCCGCCGCCUACAACCGCGUGCUGUUUCCCGACCGGAGAUGCCAGAGGGCGAUGUCGGAGAACAGCACAAGGCUCGGCGCGCCACCGGUGGCAGCGGAGUGCGAGGUGUGGAGCGAGGCUUGUUCGGACGCGGUGCUGAAAGUAGCGCGGCAGUCGGAGACAGCGGAGUGGCUGAGAGGUAUUCGGCGGAAGAUCCACGCAAAUCCUGAGUUGGCGUUUGAGGAAAUCGAGACGAGUCGCUUGGUGAGAGAGGAGUUGGAUCUGAUGGAAGUUAGCUAUCGGUAUCCCCUCGCUAAGACCGGUAUUCGAGCUUGGAUCGGCACUGGUGGUCCUCCUUUUGUUGCCAUCAGAGCUGACAUGGACGCACUUCCCAUUCAGGAAGCUGUGGAGUGGGAGCACAGGUCUAAAGUUGCCGGCAAAAUGCAUGCUUGUGGGCACGACGCACACGUUGCCAUGCUUCUUGGCGCUGCCAAGAUCUUGAAAACUCGAGAGCAUCUAUUAAAGGUUUGUUCUUUCCUUAUCUCUUACUACUAAUCAACAUACUAUUCCACCAUUUCUUACAAUUAUUUUCGACACUUCCUCGAUCAUCUCAAUCACACAU